UUCCUCAUGCGGCAGCCCAGCGUCACCAUCGGCCGCAACUCGUCGCAGGGCUCGGUGGACCUGAGCAUGGGCCUGUCGAGCUUCAUCUCGCGGCGCCACCUGCAGCUCAGCUUCCAGGAGCCGCACUUCUACCUGCGCUGCCUCGGCAAGAACGGCGUCUUCGUGGACGGGGCCUUCCAGCGGCGCGGGGCGCCCGCCCUGCAGCUGCCCAAACAGUGUACUUUCCGAUUUCCCAGCACGGCCAUAAAGAUCCAGUUCACAUCGCUGUACCUUAAAGAAGAGGCUCCGGCAUCUCCCCUGCGGCCACUCUACCCACAGAUCUCCCCUCUAAAGAUCCACAUUCCGGAGCCGGAUCUCCGGAGCAUGGUCAGCCCCAUCCCUUCCCCAACCGGCACAAUCAGUGUCCCCAACUCCUGCCCAGCCAGUCCUCGUGGUGCCGGGUCGUCUGGCUAUCGCUUCGUCCAGAACGUGACCUCAGACCUACAACUGGCAGCAGAAUUUGCAGCAAAGGCCGCCUCAGAGCAGCAGGCAGACACGUCUGGAGGGGACAGCCCCAAGGAUGAGUCGAAGCCACCAUACUCCUAUGCACAGCUGAUUGUGCAGGCCAUCUCCUCAGCCCCGGACAGGCAGUUAACGCUGAGCGGGAUCUAUGCCCACAUCACCAAGCAUUACCCUUAUUACAGGACAGCUGACAAGGGCUGGCAGAAUUCUAUUCGACACAACCUCUCUUUGAACCGUUACUUCAUUAAAGUCCCACGUUCCCAGGAGGAGCCUGGAAAGGGGUCUUUUUGGCGAAUAGACCCUGCCUCAGAAGCCAAACUUGUGGAACAGGCAUUCCGCAAACGGAGACAGAGAGGCGUCUCCUGCUUCCGCACCCCCUUUGGGCCUCUGUCCUCAAGGAGUGCUCCAGCUUCACCCACUCACCCUGGGCUGAUGUCCCCUCGUUCUAGUGGCCUGCAGACUCCAGAGUGCCUGUCUCGGGAGGGCUCACCCAUUCCACACGACCCUGACUUUGGGUCAAAAUUAGCUUCUGUUCCGGAGUAUCGGUAUUCCCAAAGUGCACCCGGCUCCCCUGUCAGCGCCCAGCCCGUGAUCAUGGCCGUGCCUCCCCGACCGUCCAAUCUAGUGGCCAAGCCCGUCACCUACAUGCCAGCGUCCAUCGUGGCCUCCCAGCAACCCUCGGGCCAUGCAAUCCACGUUGUGCAGCAAGCUCCCACUGUCACCAUGGUCAGGGUGGUCACCACCUCUGCCAGCUCAGCUAACGGAUACAUCCUGGCCAGCCAGGGCUCUGCAGGGGGCUCCCAUGAAGUGCUAGACUUGGGCAGUGAAGCAAGAGGCUUGGAAGAGAAACCCACCAUUGCGUUUGCCACCAUCCCCGCUGCCAGCCGAGUCAUCCAGACAGUAGCCAGCCAGAUGGCCCCAGGGGUCCCGGGACACACAGUCACCAUCCUGCAGCCAGCCACACCAGUGACCAUUGGGCAGCACCAUCUUCCAGUCCGGGCCGUCACUCAGAAUGGAAAGCAUGCUGUUCCCACGAAUAGUUUAGCCGGCAACGCUUACGCCCUUACCAGCCCCCUGCAGCUCCUUGCAGCCCAGGCGAGUUCGUCCACGCCAGUGGUGGUCACCAGGGUAUGCGAUAUGGGGCCUGAGGAGCCAGCAGCAGCGGUUGCAACCAGCGUCACCACCAUCCCAGCCACCACCACUGCCUCUGCCUCAGCCUCAGCUUCUUCCACUGGGGAACCUGAGGUCAAAAGAUCCCGGGUGGAGGAGCCCAGUGGGACUGCGACCACACAGGCCGGGGUGAUUGCAGCCACCAGCUCCCAGGGGCCAGGCACCGGGGAGUGACGUCACCUGCACGUGGGUGGAGUGGGAUUCGCCAACAGGAACUUGGAGCUGGAUCUGACAGUGUAGAUGGACUGCACUCACGGAGCCAAGGAGGAAGGCUUUGCAGCUGCCUGCAGCAUGUGCCACACGGAGCAGCUACAUGCUUAGUCCUUUCCAUUUUAUCUCCUGUCCGCCCAUGGCUUAAAACACAAACACAUAAACAAGUUCAGACAACUGA